GAGGAAUACCACAAUCAACAAACGAGAGGCUCAUCAGACAGCAUCAGAAAAACACAGACUGAGACUUCAGCAAAAAGCAACCAAUCAAAAUGGCUGACGUCGCCGUUGCAGCUCCUGCUGACAAGAAAGCACCUCCCAAAUUUAAGCAGAGGACUGUACGCACCUUUAAGAGCAAGGCGCCUAAACCAGGCCAGAAGGGAUUCGGAGACGACAUCCCCGGCAUGGAGGGUCUUGGCACUGACAUCACAGUGAUUUGCCCAUGGGAAGCCUUUGGUGACAUGGAGCUCAGUGACCUGGCAAAAUAUGGAAUUAUUUAGCCGUCUUCCCUCUGCCUUUACCCCCACUGCCACUAUUGUCCCUCGUGUAUUCCAACUGUUGGCUGAACAGCUGAAGAUCCUGUCCUUGUGUGCGUGCUCUAGAGAGGAGGCAGCUUUGGAUUAUUUAGAGGUUUGACCUGGAAAAAAAGAAAUCCAGUUCUCUCUCUUGUCUCAUGCACUUUAUCUCCCCCUGCCUUCCCAACGAUUCUCCAUUGUCUUCAUGACAAGUGGUGUCAGCAGCUCUGGACCUGAGCUUGCACUUUCCACAGAGACAAAAAAAAAGGAAAUGGAGUUCAUAUUUUGUAAAUAUGAAAGAGGGUUUUAUAUUUGUUACUGUGGUGUCAUGGUUAUGUUUUAAUGCUCUACUCUCCUCUCCUUCAACCUCUUCUUCUCAAGGCU